AUGGAGACCCGAUCGAAGGCGUCUUCGUCAUCUGCGUCCACAGCGGCGCGUUCGUCGGCCCCACCCGCAUCCGCACGGGCCAUCCUGCAGCUACCGGUGGAGAAACUCGUGCCCUUCUCCUCGAUUGACACCAGGAGGUGGCUGCGUCGCUUCGAGACCCUGUGUGGCGCGCUGGCUGUUGACCCAGCGCUGGCCAUCGCAUGCCAUGUGCAUCCCUCGAUCCUCGACGCCCUCCUGGACAAGUUCCCCGACCUCACGGCUGUGCGCUUCAGGGCCGUUUCCGACUACAUCAUCGCUACGUUCGACUCUCACCGCGACACGGCAGCCGUGCGACGCCAGCUGCAGACGCGUCGCCAAGGCCCCUUGGAGCCGGUUGGCGCGUUCGCCGUCGCCAUUACGGCGCUCACCACGGAGCUGGAGGAGUCGGCUGACACCUACGUCGACUUGUUCCUCUCUGGGCUUCGCGACGACGUUGCUGUGCUGCUUGGAGUUGCUGCGCCCUCAUCGUUUGCCGAGGCUGUGACCCUGGCACAGAAGGCGGAGGCGCGCCUCGCCGCACGACGUGGCAUACCCACCCAGCAGCAUCAGCACCAGCACGACGCUGCGUUCGUCUCUGCUCCCCCACGGCAGCAGCCACGCCGCUCCUUCGCCGGCAACCAGUCCCGGCGCGACGACAACCCUCGCAUCGUCCGCUGCUUCUACUGCAAGAAACCCGGUCACGUGAUCAAGGACUGCAUGAAGCGCAAGGCCGCCGAGCAGCGGCGUAACGGGCCACAGCGGAGUCGCCGCGGAGUGCACGCCGUUGACACGGAUGACAUUGAGACGCCGCCCGACGCUGACGUGUGUGCCGCACAGGUGCGCGGUGCGGUGUCGCUGAGGGUCCCCAUCGACGUCAACGGCGACCGCAUCAGCGCCCUCAUAGACACGGGCGCCAGCGUCACGCUCAUGUCCAGCGACGUGUAUCGCCGGGGCCGCGACGGCCCGCUCAACUCUUCCGACGCCGUUCUCCGCACCGCUGAUCAGGGUGUGCUCAAGGUGCUCGGAACGACCGACUGCCUCUUCACCAUCGGCACGGCGCAGCUUCGUCACAGCGUCAUCGUCGUUGAUCGCCUCGCCCAUGCUGUGCUGCUGGGUGCCGACAUCCUCAGCGCCAUGCGCGCCCUCGUUGACGUUGCCGAUCGCUGCCUAAUCCUGCCAGAGGGCAACGCCGUGCAAGCGGACGUCAACGCAGUGGACACCGCUGAUGCACCCACCCAAGUCGCUGCGUCGAUGCUCUCGCGCGGCCAACAGCACCAGCUCCAGCGGCUGCUCGAGGAGUUUAAGGACGCGUUCGCCAAGCCUGGAGAGCCCUUGACCAAGGCCAUGCUCCCCAGCAUGCGCAUCGAGACAGGCGACACACCACCUGUAGCACGCCGCCCCUACCGCCUCUCUCACCACGAGAGCGAGGUGGUCGAGCGCAUCGUCAAGGACCACAUCGCUGCUGGCAUAGUGCGUCCGUCCUUCUCGCCAUGGGCGUCCCCCGUGAUCCUCAUCAAGAAGAAGACAGGCGAGUACCGGCUUGUCGUUGACUAUCGCCGCUUGAACGCCGUCAGCGUUCCCGACGCUUACCCGCUCCCGCGCCUGGACGACACCCUGGAGGCCAUGGCGGGUGCCAAGUUCUUCAGUAGCCUGGACCUGGCCUCUGCGUACCACCAAGUACCGCUGCACCCCGACGACUGCUCCAAGACCGCCUUCGUCACCAAGAACGGUGUGUUUGAAUACACCGUCGUCCCCUUCGGUCUGCGCAAUGCACCGGGCCAUUUCCAGCGCUGUAUUAACACCGUACUCGCUGACGUCGCCGGUGUGAGCAUGUACCUGGACGACAUCGUCAUCUUCUCGCCGACCUUCGACGCUCAUCUGGCCACUCUGCGCACUGUCCUCGAGCGCCUUCGUGCGGUCAACCUACAGCUGCGGCGCGACAAGUGCAGCUUCAUCCAGGACGAGCUGGAGUAUCUCGGGCACCUGGUGUCCAAGCACGGGGUCAAGCCCAACCCGGCCAAGAUCGACGCCAUCUUCAGCAUGCCGGCGCCCAAGGACGUGCGCGAGCUGCGCGCCUUUCUCGGCAUGGCUGGGUUCUACCGCCGUUUUGUCGACAAGUUCGCCGAGAUCGGGGCACCGCUGUACGCGCUACUUCGUGACGGCACUGAGUUCAAGUUUGGCGAGCCGCAGCAGGUGGCGUUCCGUCGCCUGAAGGCUGCGCUCGCCUCGUCCCCGGUGCUGGUCUACCCUGACUUCGCCCGCCCGUUCACCCUCGCCACCGACGCAUCCGGUGUGGGUCUCGGUGCUGUGCUGCAGCAGCGCCAGGACGGCGACGGCAAGCUUCGCCCCGUCGCCUUCAUCUCGCGCGUACUGAACAAGGCUGAACGCAAGUACUCAGUGACAGAGCAGGAGUGUCUUGCGCUGGUCUGGGCGGUCAAGAAGUUCCGCCCCUACCUCCAUGGCCAGCGGUUCACCGUCGUCACCGACCACCGCGCCCUGCAGUGGCUUCGCAACCUCAAGGACCCGACUGGCCGCUUGGGCCGCUGGGCGCUCGCCCUUCAGGACAUGGACUUCGACGUCGUUCACAAGCCAGGCACAGAGAACGUCGUGGCUGACGCCUUGUCCCGCCUCAUCGCCCCGGUGCAGCCCGACCACGCUGACGUCGAGCCUGGCGAGGAAGGCGAUGACGAUGAGGAAGGCCUCGAUCCACUUCUUCAGAACAUGGGCGCCGACGCAGACGUGAGACGUGCGGUGCCAUCCCGCAUCACCACUGCUGCCCUGCUGCGAGAGCAGGCCAAGGAUCCCUUCUGCAAGGCUGUGACAGCCUACCUGCACGACGCGACGGUGCCAGACUUCGGCGCUCUGGCUGUUCCGGAGGCACGGUUCUGGAAGCAGAUUGACGACUUCACCAUCAGCGAGGUCUCGGGACUGCUGCUCGCCAAGGACAAGAUCGUUGUGCCGGAGACUCUGCGCAAGAGCGUCUUCCUGAAGGUGCACGCUGAUCCGACAUCCGGUCACUUGGGCGUGCAGCGCACCCACGACCGCGCCUCCCGCAACUUCUUCUGGCCGGGCCUUUACGCCGAUGUCAAGACGUGGACGCUUCAGUGCGGGUCGUGCCUGCGCGCCAAGGACACGGCGCCCCGCAAGCUGCCACUUGGCACAGUGGUCGCUACCCACCCGCUGGACGUCGUCGCUAUGGAUGUUCUCGGCCCCCUGCCUGUGACUGACGCAGGCAACAAGUACGUCAUCGUGGCAUGCGACCUCUUCACGCGGUUCAUGGUGACAGCUGCGGUGCCAGACCAGAAGACGCCGCGUGUCGUCGACUUCGUUGUCAACAGGGUCGUGGCGACCCUCGGCACGCCUCGCAAGUUCCUCACGGACCAGGGCCCCAACUUCCGCUCCAACGACGCCAAGGCCUUCUACCACGCGCUUGGUGCCAAGAAGGUGUGGACGACGCCCUACCAUCCACAGACGAACGGGACGGUGGAGCGGUUCAACCGAACCUUGACGCGGAUGCUCGCCGCGUUCGUCGAGUCCAACCAGGCCGACUGGGACACCUACCUGGGCCUCGUGACUUCCGCGUACAACACCACCUUCCAUGCCGCCGUGGGCAAUACGCCCUUCUUCCUCAUGUUCGGCCGGGAGCCACUCGACCCAGGUCUGCCCGCUGAACCAGAUGCCGCCACACCAGCAGACCAGGCCCAUCACGUCGCCCGAGCAACGGAGGUGCUAGCUGAGGCCCAUGAGCUUGUGCGGGACUUCAUCGUGCAGCGCCGAUCCGAGCGCGACAGCGCCAACGCCGACAAGCCCGACCCGCCAGCUUUCAGCACCAACGAUCGCGUACUGCUCUACACGCCGCGUGUCAAGCCUGGUACGACCACGAAGCUCGCUCGUCUCUGGCGCGGCCCGUACGUCGUGACCAGGAAGCUGUCCCAGUGGAACUACGGCAUCAUUCCGGAAGCAGGUGGACCAGCUCAAGUCGUCCACGUCGCGAGGCUGAAGGCGUACACGGCCCAAGACGACACGACGCCGGCUGAUGCUCUCGACGAGGACGUCGACGCUGAUCACGUCGUGCGGUACCUGAAGGCGACGAGCGAGCACGGCCUCCUCUUCAAGCGACGCAGCGGCACGCGCAAGGACCAGCCGCUGGACCUUGUGUGCUACAGCGAUGCCAGCUUCGGCACAGACCAGCUGACGGGCCGCUCCACGACGGGCUUCACCUGCUACAUCAACGGCUGUCUUGUGUCUUGGAGCAGCUGGCUGCAACCCACGGUUGCGCUGAGCACCGCCGAGGCCGAGUACAUGGCCAUCUCCGCCGCAGCGCAGGACGUUGUCUUCCUGCGGCAGCUGCUCAUGGACCUCGACGAGCCCGAGGCUGGAGCCACCAAGAUGCUGACAGAUAACCAGGCGGCCAUCGCCAUCGGCAACGACCACGUCACCAAGCCGCGCACGAAGCACAUCCGGGUACGCCACCACUUCGUGCGGGAGCUCAUCGCCGACGGAACCAUUGUGCUGCAACACUGUCCCGGCACGCAGAUGGUUGCCGACGCGCUGACCAAGGCACUGGACAAGCAGACCUUCGAGCAGCACCUGCCACGACUGGUGGAAAUAGCGAUGGCUGAGACGGAGCAGAAGAAGGCAGUUGAGGGGGAGUGUUGA